AAACUCUCUCUCUCAAUAUCUUCAAUUUUGUAAUAAAAGAAAAUAAAGAGAGAAAAAUGAUGGUUGUUUUAGUAAAGUAUGUCCUCGUGAUAGUGAUGACCUUGAUAUUAAGAGUCCUAUACGACUCCAUUUGGUGUUACUACCUCACACCAAGACGCAUUAAGAAGUUAAUGGAACGUCAAGGCAUCACCGGCCCAAAACCACGCCUCCUUACCGGAAACAUCAUCGACAUCUCCAAAAUGGUUUCUUACUCUGUCUCCGAUCAUUGCUCCUCCAUCCACCACAACAUUGUUCCUCGCCUUCUCCCUCACUACGUCGCUUGGUCCAAACAAUAUGGGAAUAGAUUUAUAGUAUGGAACGGGACGGAGCCGAGGCUGUGCUUGACCGAGACUGAGAUGAUUAGGGAACUGCUGACGAAGCACAAUCCCGUCACAGGAAAAUCGUGGCUCCAGCAGCAAGGGACUAAAGGGUUUAUCGGACGUGGUCUUCUCAUGGCCAAUGGCGAGGCUUGGCACCACCAGCGACAUUUGGCAGCUCCUGCGUUUACACGUGAUAGGCUCAAAGGAUACGCGAAGCAUAUGGUGGAAUGCACGAGGAUUGUGGCCGAGAAUCUAAGGAAGGAAGUUAAGGAAAAAGGAGGAGAUGAUAAAGAGGUGGAGAUUGGAGAGGAGAUGCGGCGGCUCACGGCGGAUAUAAUAUCGAGGACAGAGUUUGGAAGCAGUUAUGAAAAAGGAAAGGAACUUUUCAGUCUACUCACUGCCCUUCAGCGACUCUGCGCUCAGGCCACUCGCCACCUCUGUUUUCCCGGUGGCCGGUUUCUACCAAGCAAAUACAAUCGAGAGAUAAAGAGUUUGAAAACGGACGUAGAACGUCUUUUGAUGGAGAUUAUAGAGAGCCGGAAAGACAACGUAGAGAUCGGUCGGAGCAGCUCUUACGGGGACGACCUCUUAGGGCUUCUCCUGAACCAGAUGGAUCGCAACAAAAACAACCUUAAUGUUCAAAUAAUAAUGGAUGAGUGCAAAACUUUCUUCUUCACUGGUCAUGAGACAACCUCUCUUCUUCUCACGUGGACCCUCAUGCUCCUUGCUCAUAAUCCCUCGUGGCAGGACAAAGUACGCCUUGAGGUCCGACAAGUUUGUGGCCAAGAAGGUAUCCCUUCCGUUGAGCAACUCUCAAGUCUUACCUCGUUAAACAAAGUGAUAAACGAGUCACUAAGACUUUACCCUCCUGCCACUCUUCUACCAAGAAUGGCAUUUGAAGACAUAAAACUCGGCGACCUAAUCAUCCCUAAAGGUUUAUCUAUUUGGAUCCCUGUCCUGGCGAUUCAUCAUAGUAAGGAAUUAUGGGGUGAAGAUGCGACUGAAUUCAACCCUGAACGCUUUAGUACUAGAAAUUUCGCGUCAAGUCGUCAUUUCAUGCCUUUUGCAGCAGGUCCUAGGAACUGCAUUGGACAAAAUUUUGCAAUGAUGGAGGCAAAGAUAAUAUUAGCAAUGCUUGUUUCCAAAUUCAGUUUCACAAUAUCGGAGAAUUAUAGACAUGCUCCUAUAGUUGUGCUUACUAUAAAACCUAAGUAUGGAGUUCAACUAAUUUUGAAGCCACUGGAUUCGUAAACGGGAGACCUAUCUUAUGGAGCUUCUUGAGAGACCACUGAAUUUUGAGUAACAUGAGAGAGUUGUAAUUGAACGAUUUUGAAAUGAGUAUAAAUGAAGAGUUGUUGGUUCA